AUGGUGUCGGUGCGUCUAGUUGAUUGUCCGGAUUCACCGGAUGUGCAACAGUCGAAGUCGAUUCCUCAGAUGAUGUUUGCUGCCGGUGAAGAACCAGUUGGUGUUCGCGUCCUUACCUAUCAAUCAUCUGGCGCUAUUGAACGGAUUUUAGAUACGUUACAUGAGGAGGAAAUUGAUUUCAUCAAGGCCUCUGCUUUUGGCAAAAUCGUGGAGAUUGCGGAGAAACCUGUAUUUUCGGGUCGUUUUGCCCGUUAUCUUCUAUCAAGGCAGCUGAAAACGAAGAAAAAGCACGAAGCAUGGUUCCGUUUUGCCGGUCAUCCGGUUAGGUUUUCGUUACGAGAGUUUGCGCUUGUCACCGGAUUACCAUGUGGGAAGUUUCCGAAGAGAUCUAAGCAGAAGCUAAGGGAAACUAUAGCUGAGAAACCUUAUUGGCCGUCGUUGUUUGGGAAAAGUGAUGUUGUAACCGUUGCUUCUGUUCUCAAGAUGCUCCGGAGGAGAACUGUUACGGACAAAGAAAUUCGUAUUAAAUUUGCCUGCCUGGCUAUCCUGGAGUCUGUUCUGCUCCCCACAAGUCUGAAGAUGAAGAUUUGUAUAGAACAUGCAGAAGCUAUAAAAGAUAUUGAUGAAUUUUUUGCAUAUCCUUGGGGAGGAUUGGCGUUUGACUUGCUUAUGCGUAGUAUAAAAGAGAGAGAUGAGGUGGCGUUGUCGCAAGACAACAUUGCUGUCAAAGGCUUCGCUCUUGCCUUACAACUGGUAUUGGUUGAAGCUGUCCCUGCUCUCACUGAAGUUGUCCAAGAAACAUGUUCUUCAUCCGAAAGCGAUAGCGAAGAUGAUGGUCUUGAUCCGGGUGGUAAAUUUGGCAAAAAACAAACACUUAAUCCUUCGCAUGCGCGCAAUGUUGACAAGAAAAGGGAUGUUGUCGUUACAAGUAUUUUGGAAGAUUUAGAGCGCCGUUUGGACGAUUCAGCUCUAACCUGGUCUGAUGAAGAGGAUGAUGACACAGUUGAUAACAUGGUUGAUCUCAUAAACGCCAAUCAUAGUUUUCAACUGUCUCUAUAUGUCGGGGGUCUAACUAAAGCUGAUGUUGAUCGUAUGAGAGAAGCUUCCCCUCCAGCUACUAAGGCUAAGAGAUCCAGAAAACAUCUGAAAAAUCCUCUAUCCGAUGAUCAAACUAGUAUUGCGUCUUUUGUUAUAGGGAAAGUGCAACCUCAACUUGAUGUAAUGGGCAAUACCAUUAAGCAGUCCUCCUCAACGCUGGCGUCUAUUGAGGGAACGGUUAUUACGCGUGUUGAGUCCGUCUUGAAGAAAUUCAAAGCAGAAUGUCUUGGAGCUGUUGAGUCAAUGGUUGCAGUGUUGUGCAAAGAUUAUACCCGACAUCCAAAUGGUUCCGGCGUGAACGCCGGUGGUAGCCAAAAUGCAGUGUCUGCUUCGGGUAUCGUUAGAAGUCCCGUUGAACAAGCAAACGACAAUACUAUCAAUAAUGUUAUGCAGAAUAUAAGUGCUUAUUCUACUCCUCCAGCAUCUCCUCAUAAUAGUCAUCUAAGCCGUUUGUGUAAUGGUUUUUUACAUGUCGCAGCUAAUCCAGAUAACGAGAGUGCUGCCAUGUCUGCCCAAAGUCAGAAUCAUUGUAGGCAGAAGAACAUCCGUCAAUCUCUGGAAGCUGUUGUGACUCUGUCGCCUAUAUCUAACACCAAUGUUCCUGACAAUAUUGUCGAUCCCCAAUCUUCACGUAAAAGUAAGUGUCAUAAGACAGUUCCGUCUGCCCUUCUAGAAGAUUACCAUUGCGGUCCACAUAUUCUAUCACGAAUGCGGCGUGCAGACAAGGUUGUAUUUGUUAGAUAUGACAAAUUCGAGAUGGAGAGGAAGUUUGUCCGUCUAUCUGAAAAGCUGAAAGGAAAUGUUGUUAUUAACGUUGCUGGAUUAUCUGUUUCUUCACGUGAACUUCUCCUCAUGGCCGAAAGACCCCGUCUUUUAUCUUCAAAGGUUGUUGAUAUAUUGAUCAGGCUUGUGCGCUACGUCGUAUCAGGACAGCCGUGUACCGAAGGUGUCAAUAGAUAUGAAUUUCUUGAUACCAAAUUUGGAGCAUCCAUUGUGAGGAACUAUCCCAAGUUUUCCAUGAGUAAGAAAAAGGACUCCUACCCGUUUCCCAAAGGCUUAAUGGACUAUUUUGGCAAUAAAGGUGUUUCUUCAACUUAUCCAAUUCGGUAUUACUUUCCAUUCUUGAUUGAAAAAAAACAUUGGAUUGGUGUCUGCUUUGACACUUCUAAGGGCCACCUGCAUGUGUUUGACUCCAAUAUGUCUUUCACGAAAGAAGCAACAAUGGCCAGAAAUCUAACUCCUCUCCUCCAAAUGUUACCAUAUUUGGCAAGACGUAUCUGUCAAGAUAUGUGCGGGGAUGGGUUGGCUUAUAGGUUUGAUCGGCCCAAAGGUGUAACUCAAAUUACUAAUCCAUCUGACUCUGGUUUAAUGGUUGUGCUGUUAAUGGUCACACAUGCUGUUCAUGGAAACGAAGCAUGUAGCAAUGUCACUUCCUCCUGUCUUGCUGACGAAGGCAAGAGUGCUGCAAUAUUGGCUUACGAGUUGAAAGAGGAGCUGUAG